AUGGUGCUCAUGACCGAGCCGCGCUGCGAUGCGGAGGAGCCGAGGGCAGCGCGGGCCGCCGGCCGGCGGGAGAACAGGGGCGCUCCGCGUCUUUCAGAUGGAGAAAAUGGAACUGAUGAAAAAAGAAAGGCUGGAAAAUCACCCACUGUGUCGCUUCAGACCCCUACCACUGAAAUGGAGUAUUUUGAUGACCGGAAAAAAGUUGAUGUUGAUAGGACCAAGAGCAGCACAGAUAGUCCAGUUCUGACAAUCAAGAGUGACUCCAAGAUUGAAAGGAAAAAACGUGCCUCAAAUCAGUUGAAGGCAAAUGCACACUUCCAUAAGCUGUUUCUAGAUGUUCCCAUUGAUGAGCCACUGAAACAAAGCUUUACCUGUGCUCUGCAGAAAGAAAUUCUGUACCAAGGAAAGUUAUUCCUUUCUGAAAACUGGAUUUGCUUCCAUUCCAAGGUUUUUGGUAAAGACACUAAGAUUAGUAUACCUGUGCUGUCAGUGACACUUCUGAAGAAAACCAAAACUGCCCUUCUUGUGCCAAAUGCUCUGAUCAUAGCAACAGUGACAGAUAGGUACAUGUUUGUCUCACUACUCUCCAGAGAUACCACCUACAAGCUAUUAAAAUCUAUCUGUAUACAUCUUGACGAUACAAGCAUGGGCAACAGUCCAAAUCCCUCUUCUGCAGAAAACAGUUUCAGGGCUGAUCGCCCUAGAACUCUGCACCUGGAUUUCAACGAAGAUUAUUCUGAUCUGGAUGGAAUAGUGCAGCAGCACAGACAAGAGAUGGAAGAGUCCAGCAGCACAGGCUCACAGACACCAGAGCUGGAGUGCUUCCAAGAUUAUCACGUUGUUGAAACAGAGACUCAUUUGAAAGUUUCCAAGCAAGAGGCCAAGUCUGUUCAUUCAGAUGCACAUAGUAAACAUGGGCCUGAUGGAAAAGCCCGAAACAGUCCUCGAAAUGGCCAUUCAGAAGCCUUCAUGUUCCUCCACAAAGUGAAGUCCCAGAAGCUCUUAUCUCUGAACCAUGUACUUGUAUUUUAUGCAAUUCUUGUUUGUGUUUUAAUACUUUCUACCUUCUACAUGAGAUAUAAAAUCAGUGUCCUGGAGGAACGCCUUAUGUCCAUGACAGCCUUUGAUUCACAUAUUAAGGAACAUCAAGUGCACCGAGAUUUGGGAUCUCACCUGCAAAUUAAUGCUGACGCCUUUUGUGAUGAGUUAACUGCUAAUCUUAGAAAAUUGGAAAAGAUACAGAACAACUUAAAAAAACUGCUUGAAGAUGGUGAGUGAAACACCAAUGUUCUUGGACUGCUUCAGACCUCAUUCUUCUGUCUUGACAAACUGUUCCAAAGGAGCUCUGCUGGCCAGAGUUCAUGCUUCUUUAUUUUUAGUCCAAGCCAAGCUUAAACUACUGUAAAGCUCGUGUCAUCAUACAAAAACAUCAGUUGAUUCUUCAGCAUGUAUCUAUAUAUUUUGCAAACAUAUAUGGUUUGGUCUACAUGUAUCUAUGUUUUAAAAAUGUGGGGAUUUUUCUUUCUCUUUUGUGUGUGAAUUAAUGGAUUUUAUAGCUUGCUUGAUUUUAGAGUUGCUUUCACCAGUGCAAACCUGGUGCAUAUCCUUUUACCUCAACAUGUACUUUAUGCCUAUUGUCAUACAAAUACAUGUGUGAAGAAUGUCAGUCAUGAUUCAUGUACUGAAGUGUUGCGUGAAUGAGCAAGUAUCUGUUUUAGCUAUGAUUAUGGAUUGGUGCUGUAGUCUUCAUUUUUACUUACUUCUCUGCACCCUGACAUCACAAAGAUCAGAAAACAAAUUCCUCUGUGUUUAGGUAUGCGAAGUGAUGAAUGUUUUGAGGUCUGCUCAGUUCUCCAGUGCUGUAAAAAGGCUCAAUUCCACUUUCUGUGACACUGUAUAGUGGGUAAGGUCUGUUUCUACUGGGCAUUCAGGUUCCAUUGACGUCAAACCUGAAAUCUGUAUGGACUUGCCAAUUUGCAAUUGAGUUGCUUAUGAUAGCAAUAUGGGUGUGACACACCUGCACAACUUAGAAAAAGUACUUGUUUUCUGUCCACUCAUAUGGUCUCUGUCCUAUAAAUUAAUCAGUGUGGAGAUCCUCAGUCAGCUUUCCUUGGAGUUGCAUGGGGCUUUGGUUGGCUGAGCAAGUGCAAUUUGUAGUCCAGUAAAUGGAAAUCUAGUCUUGGUAUGUGACUUCAGGGACUGGAUAUUUCCACCUAAUGAGAACUGACAAAUUAAUGGUGCAGCAAUACAAACAAUCAGUGGAGUGAAUGAAAAAGUAGACACCUGCUUCAUUAUAUCACAUACUUGUUUUUUCCCAGAGUGCCUAAGAUGGGGAUUUUUAGCUUUCUGAUUCACCAAGCAGGCUCAUUAGUUUUUAAAAAGCAAUAUUUAGGAUAAUAACUACUAUCUGUGAAGUAACAGCAUUGUUUAUAAUAUGCUAUGCAUUUAUAACCAUUUCUGUGAAAUGUGCCUACUUUGUUUAAAUAAACUUUUUUAAAACCA